GGCGGGAUCGGGGUCUGGGCAGCCUGCUGGGCCUCGGCGGCCUGGGCAGCCCGGGCCAGCGAGUGCCAUGUCCUCGUCCCGGAACCUGCGCACCGCGCUCAUUUUCGGCGGCUUCGUCUCCCUGAUCGGCGCCGCCUUCUACCCCAUCUACUUCCGGCCCUUAAUGAGGCUGGAGGAAUACCAGAAGGAGCAAGCCGUAAACCGGGCUGGUAUUGUGCAAGAAGACGUGCAACCACCAGGGUUAAAAGUGUGGUCUGAUCCAUUUGGCAGGAAAUGAGGCUGUCACCAAGUCUGAUGAUGACAGCAGACAUCUUCAUGCUUCUGUCUGAAGUGAGGGCACACACUGGGAGGCUGGCUGAGGGGAAGCGCGGUGCCAUCGGUAAAGGACUCUGCACAGGACUGCUGCUUCCCUCUUCAGCAUCGAAGAACCCCAAGCAGCUGACACCGUCAGGAAGGGCCCAUGGUGUGGUUGGCUUUCCACCAAUGGAGAUGGCGUGCAGGAGAUCUGCUUCUUAUUCAGUCUUUAUCACUUCCGAGCUGUGACAUGAAAUAAGCCACCAGUGGGCUUAAGAAGGUCCACACCUGUUUUGUCACCUUCCAAAUAGAUCUCAGUGAAACCUGCUAAGCUGAGCUACCUCCUGGGGUACUUUGAAAACGUUCUAUUUGAUAAAGCUCUUUGACAACAAGGUAACCUGGUGCUGUUAUAAGAAUGCACAGUUCACCUUCCUCAUUUCCUGUGGAAGACUGCUCCAUGAUGGCAAAUCGAACUAGAUCAGUGUCCAUGCAUAGUAGAAGUCAGUGGUGAAUGAAUAGCAGGGAGACUUGAUAAUAAAAUGAUUUCUGAUUA